AUGGAUCACCAAAAGAAUAAUCCCUCAGUCAAACUUCACCAAGCCCCAGGUGGAUCAAGCAGCUUCAGUUUCGGAUGGGGACAAGAUGAGCCAAAAGAAGUUCCAAAGAACAAGCAACCACCCCCUAAGAUUGAAGAUGUCUAAGGUGUGCCUCAAAAGAUUGCUCAAGAUCUACCACAAGAUGCAUUAGCUAAGAACUCAGCUGGUUACCAAGUGAGAAACCAACAGUACUCUGCUGGUUUAUGGGACAACACUGAGGAGGAGAAGCAUUCAUCAGUUAAGCUUCACCAAGCCCCAGGUGGAUAGAGCAAUUUCUCACUCGGAAAUGACACUGAGGAUAGAUUCAAAACUAGCAAUCAGUUUAGUGCUCAAAACAAUCAAGUUGCUGGCUUCAGAGGAUAACAACAAUCCUCUAUGCAAGAAUCUAUGCAGUAGGACACCCAACAGAUAGGUGCUGUGAAAUCAUCAGUCAGAGUUCACAACCCACCCGGUGGAAGAAGUCAGAUUCAAUUCUGA